UAUAUUACUGAACUCUUCAUACCUAGUAAGAUGAUUUUUGAUAUUUUAAAAAGGUUCAACUUGAAGUGUUUAUAAUGUACAGUAUGUACAAGAUCGCAGUCUGUCUGAGUGAAUAGUGUGAAUUGACGUCAGUUAUUUGUGAAUUAUUGAAUAGGAAAAUUACAAGACAGCACUGUUUAUAUCUCAAGCAUACUAAAUAGCGAGGCUAGGUUUAGGUCUGCUGAACGGCUAUAAUAAAGGCCAGGUAGUUAAAGAAUGAUCUCAUCUCAAUCUCAUUGUUUUGAGUGGAGUUCUCUUUUGUACUAGAGUAGUCUGCAGUUUUGUGUGUGUAUCUAGUUUAUUUAGUUAACUAUUACACAAGGGAAUCGUGCGUCAUACUCUUAUUUAAGAUAUGCUCAUGGAGAUACGUUGCUUUUGUUGGCAUGUUUCCCAGCUAUGAGUUAAUCGUUGGGAGUAACAAAGUCAUCAGGUGUUGCUGAUUCAUGCCGGUAAGGCAGAAUGUUUCCAGCUCCGCCUCCCAGCCUUGUAACUCCUUCCUGCAUUAUCAGCCAGGUCAUGUAUUUAAACACUGCUGCUUCAGCCCUGGCACUCUCACACAACGACAUUUCCCUGUGAAGAACCUCUGGUGUACAAUAGCUCAAAUUGAUGCAAGGUAGGUACUGUCAUUAUUGUUGUUGUUGUUUAAAAACCACAUUAAACAUUUUUUUUAUUUUAAAUAAAAUGGUAACAAGAUAUACAACAUACAGCAGGAAAUGUCAGUUGACAGUAUUAAGAAUUUUUUCUCGGAAAAAUGUGACUUGAAAUAGGGACUACUUUUGGAAAACUAUAUUUUUCAAAGAACUGUCAGAAUGUGUGAGUCCAUGCACAGUAAAUGCACUACUUGAUAAAACAGUUUUAGGCUGAAAUGAUUGUUUCACUCUCCUACACCUUAUUCCACCUCACUGUCAAGGAAGCCAUGAAUGAAGUUGGGGAAAGGAUCCAUCUGAAUCGCUCUCAACAGACCUGUGUCUUUAAUGGCCUAGAUCUCUGACAGAGUGUCACUGGUGCAGUGUGACCCUUCACAGAUAUGACUGACUGUGUGUGGCUUGACACUUUGCAUUGCAGGGACCGUGUAUUGCAACAGGAUGGACCUUCCACUUGCACAAGCAGCAAUGUCUCCGGGGCCGGAGCAGUUUUCUGAAACGUGCGAGCGGCAGCCUCUUCCAGUGGUCAUAAUAGGGAAUGGGCCCUCUGCUAUCUGCCUCUCCUACUUCUUGUCUGGCCACAGACCCUAUGUGAGGAAGGGGGCAGUCCAUCCUAACCCCAUACUCCAGAGGAAGCUGCAGGACAUCGCUGGGAGCUCCGUAGUGGAACAGGACCUGGAGUUCCUGUCUGAGGGACUGGAAGGGCGCUCCCACAACCCCCUGGCUGUGCUCUUCGAUGCCCUGGUUCGCCCGGAUGGUGACCUGGGUGGUAUGGCGGAGUCGGUACUUACCUGGAGACUGGAGCCCAAGCACCUCGUUCCACACCUGGUCCUGGGCAAGGGUCCCCCAGGAGGGGCUUGGCAUUCUAUCGAGGGCUCCAUGUUCACACUUAGCCUCGGAGACUGGAUGGAGCUGCCUGGCCUUCACUUCAGGGACUGGAUGAGGAGAAAAAGAAAGAACUUGAGGAAUGACAGAGCCACGACUCGAGAUAUAGCUCAGUACUAUGAGCACUACGUGAAGGUCCUGGGACUGCAGCAGCGCUUUGUCUGCGGGACCGUGGUGACCUCUGUGAAGCCUCUCCUCAGUAGUUCAGCAGAGGAAGACCGUGUGGAACCCCUGACUGCCUCCCGCAAGCUCUACGAGAUCCAGGGGUUCCACCAGACCGCAGGACUCCAGAGCCCCUUCUGCAUUCAUGCAGAGAACGUGGUCUUGGCAACAGGGACUUACGACAGCCCCGCUUGGCUGGGGGCAGAUGGGGAGGACCUCCCCUACGUUUUCCACAAGAUCUCUGACCUGGAGACGGCUUUGCAGAAGCAGAGGCUCGGUCCGGACUCUGACCCAGUCCUGAUAGUCGGGGCAGGACUCACGGCGGCAGACGCUGUCCUCACAGCCCGCCACAGCAACGUCCCGGUCAUCCACACCUUCCGCAGAGCAGUGUCGGACUCCGGCCUGGUCUUCAAUCAGCUGCCCAAGAUGAUGUACCCAGAGUACCACAAGGUCCACCAGAUGAUGACUGAGCAAUCCCUUACCUCCAGCGGACCCUAUAAAGGCUACUCAAGCCUCCCAAAGCACCAUGUUGCAUGCUUCUCUGCAGACAAGAAGUGUGUCCUUGAGGACGCGAGUGGGAAAAGAACCGUCUUCAACAUCUCCAUGGCUUUCGUCCUCAUCGGCUCAAACCCCAACCUGUCCUUCUUGCCCAGCCAUGGGAAGCACCUGGCUCUGGAUCCAGAGCAGCCAGUUAACUCUCGACGCAACCCCAUAGACACGGACCCCUUUACCUACGAGUCCGUUCAGGAGCCAGGGCUGUAUGCUUUGGGGCCCCUGGCAGGGGACAGCUUUGUAAGGUUUCUGCAAGGCGGGGCACUGGCUGUGACAGCCUCCUUGCUUAAAAAAGGAACGUUGAUUUAAUGGAUUGACAAUUGAAUCAUUGUAACAAAAAACAGUAUGCUGUAAGCACCCCUUCAGCACUGCUGCUGCUCCUUCUCCAGAUAUGAUUCUCAGGAAUACUGCCCGUUAUUUUAAUUAACAUAUUAAAAACAGUAUUUUGUCACAGUUGCACUUUUUCUGAGCUGGGUAGCUCAGUGGGAAACAUUCAAACAUGAUGAUAUUUUCACUUCUGUAUUAUUUUCAACAGUAGAACACAUCAUUUGAGUGCCUUUAAAAAAAAAAAGUAUCUAAAAUAUAAUAACUCAUUGUAUUAAUCCAUGCCAUAAAUAAAAUCACUCAAAUUCCGUAUAUCACUGUGGAAGACUGUUAUGUUUGGAUAAACAUGUGCUGUUAGCGUGUUUACUGUGCAGAUUUUAUAUUGUGUUGAGGCCUUGUGGGGACAUUGAAAUCCUUCUGUGAAAGGGUUAUAUAUAUAUAUAUACACACACACAUACAUGUUUAAUGUACCUUGGUCAAGUGAAAGUCUGUUUGAAAACAAACAGUGCUUUUGCUGCCAUGGUAACUGAACUCCUUAGUUUCUAUUUAAAUCUAUUAAUGUGCUUGUGAUGUCAUCUAAUACAUAGUUAUUUCCAAGCUGGUGUUAAAUAAAAUGCC